GCCUCAACCUUCCGAACAGGCAAGAGGCUAACUCCUGGGCCACAGGCCUCAGGGAGAGACACUAGGCCCGGCGGGGCCUACUCUAAAAGGUGGAUCCCUCUCGUGGUUCGGCGUCUCCCCUCAGGGUAUCCUCUGUCGUUCACAUUUGCUUUUCUGUCUGCGACAGCGUUUUAGUUCAGGAAACUGUUGCAAUUGUCAGUCAUGACACAGCCUCCCAAGGGCUCUGUGGCUCAGUUCCUCCCGAAGCCUGAGUCCUGGGGAGGACGCGGAUUGACGUUCCAGUGAUGGACGUCAAUGGCACUCUGCUGGGCAACUGGAGCCUUUGGGACGAGGACUGGGGGAAGGAGGAGGAAGAGGACUACCGUGACCACCAGGAGGAGGCGCUGUUGAACCAUACCGAGCCCAUCAGGAAGUCCCUCAGCGUCAUGUCCAUGUUGGCCUACGCCACCAUCUUUGCCCUGGGCAUCCCCGGCAACAUCGCCGUGUUGUGGAUCGUGGGUUUCCUGAUGGCCAGGCGCCCAGUCACCGUCUGGUUCCUCAACCUCGCGGUGGCCGACCUCCUGCUGUGCCUCACCCUGCCCUUCCUGCUCACCCAGUUGGCCGUGGACUACCAGUGGCCCUUCGGCCCCUUCCUCUGCAAGCUGCUGCCCUGGCUCACCGUGCUCAGCAUGUACGCCAGCGUCUUCGUACUGACCGGCAUCUCGGUGGACCGCUGCCUGGCGGCGCUGCUGCCUCUCUGGUUCCGCAGGCAGCGCUCUCUGGGCCGGGCCCGGCUCUCCUGCGCCUCAGCCUGGGGCCUGGCCCUGCUGAUGUCACUACCCAGCCUCCUGUACCGGAGGACGGUGCAGUUCGCUGCCGGGUUCCCCGUCCGGUGCGUCGCCGACUACGGGGAGGAGCUGGGGCCUAGGCAGCGCGCCGUCAGCCUGACCCGCUUCGUCUUCGCCUUCCUGCUCCCCCUGGUGGUCAUCGCCGCCAGCAACGGCCUCAUCGCCCACAGCCUCUGGGCCUCCCGCUUCUCCCAGCCUCAGAGCCGGAGGCCCUGCCGCCUCCUGCUGGUGGUGCUGCUGGGUUUCUUCCUGUGCUGGACCCCCUACCAUGUGGUGGGCCUGCUCCUCCUGUCCGGCGACUGGCGGCUCCAGCACUGGGCCCGGACGGUCGACCCUGCCGCCAUCAGCCUGGCCUACCUCAACAGCUGCCUCAACCCCUUCCUGUACGCCUUCGCCGGGCGCCAGGGCCGUGGGCAGCUCCGCAGAGGACUGAGGGGGCUGCUGGAGGGCGCUUUCGAGGAGGAAAGCUCCCUGGCCUCCACCCGGCCCAAGCCCACACUACCGACGGUCAACGAGAAGACAAAGACCUCAGGCCUAGAGCUCUCUGGAUCGGUGGACCCGUCUUGUGUGACAACUUGACUCGGCCGCUCCCGCCAGGACCUCUCCUCUGGAUGCACGGAAGUCUCCAGAUGGCCAACUUAACACCCUCAUCCCCACCUCCCUCUUUAUAAGUACUCGAGAUGGUCAAUUUAACCAUCCCCAGCAACAAUCUCUCUUUAUAUGUACUCGAGAUGGUCAAUUUAACCAUCCCCCAGCAACAAUCUCUCUUUAUAAGUAUGUAAGAUCAUUGAUAUUGUUUUCAAGAUGAUGAUAUGUACUGUGCCUUUAAGAGAGGUCAUGCUGGGGCUGGACAAUACUCUGGCCCGGCCGCACUCGGGGAGUGUCGCGUACAGUUCCUGGUCACCGCGUUAUAGGAAGGACGUGGAAAGGGUGCAGAGGAGAUUUCCCAGGGAUGUUGCCUGGUGAUGGAGGGAAGGUCUCACGAGGAAAGGCUGAGGGACUUGAGGCUGUUUUCGUUAGAGGUGACUUAAUAGAGACAUGGAAGAUAAUCCGAAGGUUAGAUAGGGUAGACAGUGAGAGCCUUUUCCCUCGGAUGGUGUUGGCUAGCACAAGGGGACACAGCUAAAAACUGAGGGGGUGAUAGAUAUCGGACAGAUGGCAGAGGGAGUUUCUUUACUCAGAGAGUAGAAGGGGGCGUGGAACGCACUGCCUGCAACAGUAGUAUACUCAUUAAAUGGGCAUUUAAAUGGGCACUUGGCUAUGAAAUGGAGACCUGAGUUCUGGUUGCUGUUUUGACAACAAUUUGAAUUUAACCAACCAGUUUAAAUUAUGCCCCAGGAUACUAAAACCCAAUGAGUUUGAAUUUAUUGUUUUGCCAACCUUGAACAAAUGACACACACACACAACCACAGACACUCACAGACACUCACACACACACAUCUACACAGACACACACACUCACACACACACUCACACACACACAUUCUACACAGACACUCACACACACAUCCACACUCACAUGCUCACACUCAGACAGACACUCACACAAACACACACACACGGAUACACAUACACACCCACACACUCACACAAACACAAACACACUCACACAUACACGCACCCAUGCACUCACACAAACACACUCACAGCCACUCACUCACACAUGCACCCUCUCACAAACUUAGACCCCUUUACACACUCUCUCUCUCACACACACACAUAUACACUCUCCCUCACAGAUACUCACAACCCUCCACCUUUGACACACACACUCACACCCACACUCUCACACACUCACACACUCAUAAUUGCACCCACACACACACCCACACACAAACACUCACACUCACACACACGCAACCACACAGACACUCACACAUACUCACACCGACAGACACAAACAUGCACACACAAAAAACCACACAGACACACACACACAUCCACACACACAGCCCCACACUCACAUAUGCACCCUCUCUCAGACUUAGACCCUCUUACACUCACACGCACACAUAUACACCCACAUACUCACACUCACACAAACACACCCACCCACACACUCACACCCACACAAACACACUCACACACACGUACACACACACACACCCAGACAUUCAUACUCACACAUUCACACAUACACAUAUACGUUGGUGUGGGGUGAAUUUGUCCUUGCUGAGUUACAUUAUACUUUGCUCAAAACCUGCACGAAUCCAUGUAAGUCUCUGUUAACUCACUUUUUAGAUUAGAAUCGGUCUAGACAUUACGGCACAGACAACAGCACACAGUGGAGCUAACACCUUCAACACAUUAUCUGGGCUGACACCAAUUGUUAAAGUGAACCUGAGAAUGUAACUUUUAAAAAAAGUUUUGUGAAUUACACAUGAAAGAAGUGAAACUAACAUGGUCAUUCUAACAGAUGACAGACUUAACAAACAACCAAGAUAUUUUUCAAUGUAUAAUUUCAGCUCCAUCACACUGUACAUUUUUGCUAUAAAUUCUGUGUCUUACAAUCGUGUAUUCCUCAACCACCUGAUGAAGGGGCAGCGCUCCGAAAGCUAGUGCUUCCAAUUAAACCUGUUGGACUAUAA